GGAGGAGCUUGGGUUGGAUGGCAAUGGCGACAAGCUGAGUUAGUUGACACCGCUGGAGCAGAGAAAGGGGCGGUGAUGGCGCGGAACCCGGAAUACUCGCCGCAGGGAGAGGCUCUCGGCGGCUAUAUCUUCGUCUGCAAUAAUGUGACCAUGCCCGACUGUUUCCGGCGACGGAUAUUCGGACUCCCUGCUCGUAAUAGAGAGUCGGUUAGCGAAAUAAGGCCUGGAAUGCCUAUCUUUCUCUAUAAUUUUAACACUGGACUACUGUAUGGAAUUUUCGAGGCAGUAAGCUUUGGAGGCAUGAAUAUCGAUCCAUUGGCUUGGCCGGACCCUAACUUUCCGGGAAGAUCAGCGUAUCCUGCUCAGGUUCGUGUACGAUGCAGGGUGAUCCGGCCGCCUCUAAACGAUUCCAUCUUCAGGCUAAUAGUCGGAGUCCCUAUCAGAUAUCGUAGAAGGUUGAGUGUGACUCAGGCACUCAAUCUAUUGGACAUCUAUGAGUAUUUGCACUGCUACUGUGUUGCAUUAGCUCGAGAAGUUAUAGCAGCCGCAAUUGCAUUGCCUGAUAUUUGAAUGUUUGAUACCUGUUUUGGUAUUGUUUGGUUGGAAAUGGAGUAGUGCUAAGUGAGUAGUGGCUUUGGACUUAAUAAUGUUCAAACUGACUUACUUUCUUCACAUAUGUAAAUACUCAAUGCUAUGAGAUGCAUGGUGCAAAUAUUGAUAGUCAGCUUACUUUGA